GCUGGUGGGGCUGGUCCGGUUGGGCUGGGCAGGGCUGGGCGCCGCCUCCGCACCUUCCCGGGCGCUUCCACUUUCCAGCUCUAGAGCCCCGCCCGGAGCGGAAUGCCCAGGAGCUAGGCGUUGGGAGUCGGCGCUCCGUCUGGCAGAAGCAGUGACACAGAAAGACCGACAGACCAGACGCUGCUCUGAUCCAGACAAGCAAGACAGACCUACGGAGGAAAUCCCCAGCGUUGCCACUCCUCCCCUCCCGGCUGGCAAGAUGUCAGGGAAAGAGGGUGUGCAGAAGAAAUGGGCUGCCCUGAAGGAAAAGCUGGGACCCCAGGAGGGGGACCCCACCGAGGCCAACCUGGAGAAUGCUGAGCCCGAGCUCUGCAUCCGCCUCCUGCAGAUGCCCUCUGUGGUCAACUACUCUGGAUUGCGCAAGCGGCUGGAGAGCAGUGAUGAUGGCUGGCUGGUGCAGUUCCUGGAGCAGAGUGGUCUCGAUCUGCUGCUGGAGGCCUUGGCCCGGCUGUCCGGCCGGGGGGUGGCGAGAAUCGCAGACGCCUUGCUGCAGCUCACGUGCAUCAGCUGUGUGCGGGCCAUCAUGAAUGCCCACCAGGGAAUAGAGUACAUCCUGAGUGACCAGGGCUAUGUGUGCAAGCUCUCAGAGGCUCUGGACACUUCUAAUGUGAUGGUCAAAAAGCAAGUGUUUGAGCUGUUAGCUGCUCUCUCUAUCUACUCCCCCGAGGGUCACAAGCAAACUCUGGAUGCCCUGGACCACUAUAAGAUGGUCAAGAGUCAGCAGUACCGCUUCAGUGUCAUCAUAAAUGAGCUCUCCAACACAGACAACGUUCCCUAUAUCAUCACGCUGUUGAGUGUCAUCAAUGCCAUCAUCUUGGGCACAGAGGAGCUCAGGGCCCGAACUCAGCUCCGGAAUGAGUUCAUCGGUCUCCAGUUGCUGGAUAUUUUAUCCAAACUAAGAGACAUUGAGGAUGCCGACCUCCUGAUCCAAUGCGACACUUUUGAGGAAGCCAAGUCUGAGGAUGAUGAGGAGCUGCUCAGAAUCUUCGAUGGGAUUGACAUGAGCAAUCACCAGGAGGUCUUCUCCACACUGUUUAAUAAGGUCAGCUGCUCCCCCAUCUCAGUCCAAUUACUCUCUGUCCUGCAAGGUCUCCUGCACCUGGAACCCACUCAACAGUCGAGCCUGCUGCUAUGGGAAGCUCUGGAAAUUCUGGUGAAUAGAGCUGUGCUUUUAGCCAGUGAUGUCCACGAGAGCAGCAUUGAAGAAAUAGUAGAGAGACUCCUAUCCAUGAAGAUGCGUCCUCAGCAGAGCCCCAAGAUCCAUAGCCUGGUCAAGACAGCCCACAAGUGUAUCCAAACGAGCCUGGACAUAGUGGAACCCUCCCCAAAGGGCAGCCCGAAGAAAAAUGCCUCUGGGCCAUCGGCAGCCAGUGACAGCACAGAGAUUGUUAAAGCCGUUAGCCUUCAGGCAGCCUCUGCCGCCCCUGAACCCCUCGCCCCAGCCCCUGCUGCAGCCAACCUUCCUCCACCCCCUCCUCCUCUGCCCAGCUUUGCAUGGGCCCCGCCUCCAGCUACUCCUAUGUUCAGUAAAGCCUGUGUCUCUCCUCCUCCUCCUCCUCCCCCUCCCCCUCCCUCUCUGCCUAGCCUGGAUGGCAUCCCACCCCCUCCCCCUCUGCCUGGUCUGGGUGGCAUCCCUCCCCCUCCCCCUCUGCCUGGUCUGGGUGGCAUCCCUCCCCCUCCCCCUCUGCCUGGUCUGGGUGGCAUCCCUCCCCCUCCCCCUCUGCCUGGUCUGGGUGGCAUCCCUCCCCCUCCCCCUCUGCCUGGCUUGGGUGGCAUCCCUCCCCCUCCGCCUCCCCCUCCCCCUGGCUUGGGUGGCAUCCCUCCCCCUCCCCCUCCAAUGAAUGGCAUUGAAGAAAUAGUGGUUGCUCAAGUGGACCAUGGUCUGGGUUUUGCAAGAGUUCCAAACCACAGGAAAGUGAACCCUCCUACUCUGAGGAUGAAAAAGCUGAACUGGCAGAAGCUUCCUUCCAAUGUGGUGAGAGACAGUCACUCAAUGUGGGCAUCAGUGAGUAGCCUGAGCAGUGAGGACAUGGAGCCUGAUUAUACCAGCAUUGAACAGCUCUUCUGUUUCCCAACUACGAAAGCCAAGGAGAAGAACACAGCCCCAGCCAAGAAGGAGCCGAAAGAGAUUACAUUUCUAGAUGGCAAGAAAAGUCUCAAUCUGAACAUUUUUCUGAAGCAAUUCAAAUGCUCCAACGAGGAGAUCACAGACAUGAUCCGAAGAGGGGAUAGGACCAGGUUUGAUGUGGAAGUUCUGAAGCAGCUUCUCAAACUGCUCCCUGAGAAGCAUGAAAUAGAAAAUCUGAAAUCAUUCCGAGAGGAGAAAGCCAAGUUAGCCAGUGCUGACCAGUUCUAUCUCCUCCUCCUCGAUGUUCCCAGCUACCAGCUGCGAAUUGAGUGCAUGCUGCUCUAUGAAGAGACAGUCAUCAUGCUGGACAUGAUCCGACCCAAAGCUGAGGUCAUCCGUAAGGCCUGUGAGAGUCUCCUCACCAGUCAGCGUUUGCCAGUUUUCUGCCAGCUGAUUCUCAAAAUUGGAAAUUUCCUCAACUAUGGGAGUCAUACAGGAGAUGCUGAUGGUUUUAAGAUUAGUACCCUACUCAAACUCACAGAAACUAAGGCCAACCAGAGCCGUGUGACCCUACUGCAUCACAUCCUGGAGGAAGUGGAGAAAAAUUACCCUGAUCUCCUUCAGCUCCCCAGUGACCUAGAGCACAUCUCCCGGGCAGCAGGGAUCAAUAUUGAUAUCAUCCACUCGGAAGCCAGUACCAACCUGAAGCAGUUGCUGGAGAUGGAACGGAAGGUAUCUUCAGGAAUUCCUGAAGUUCAAGAGCAGUAUGAAAAGCCCCUCCAGGACAGCAUCUCAGCCUCCAGGGAGUUAGAGGAAGAGUUUAAGGUCAUUGAGAGGAAGAAAGUGGAGCUGGCUGAUUACCUCUGUGAGGAUGCCCACAAGCUCUCCCUGGAGGACACCUUCAGCACCAUGAAGACAUUUCGAGAACUUUUCAUCCGAGCCUUGAAGGAGAACAAAGACUGGAAGGAGCAGGCUGUGAAGGCAGAGAAAAGGAAGAAGCAGCUGGAGGCUGAAGAAGCCAAAAGGCCCCGUGGAGAAGAUGGAAAGAUCAUUCGGAAGGGAACCGUGAAACAAGAGGAAGUGUGUGUCAUUGAUGCCCUCCUGGCUGAUAUCAGGAAAGGUUUCCAGCUGAGGAAGACUGCCAAGGGCAAAGGGGAUUCGGAGAAUGGCCUAAAAGGGGUAUCGACUGAAACCUGCAAGGAAAAAGAGGCUGCAGCCAGAAAGGAAGCGGGCAGUGGCCCCAAGCUGGGGCAGGGCUUUGACCUUGCUGCUGCCACCGUAGGAGAGACCUGGCCCCAGGACAGUCCAGAUGGCCCUGGGUCUGUCAGUGUCACCGAAGGAGCCGGUGGCCAUGGCCGCCCAAGCUCAGAGGGCAGCAGUGCUUCCACCCCCAUGCCCAGCUUUUCUGAGGACCCUCAUCUGGUGCGGCUUGACGACUCCACAUCUCUGAAUCCUACCAAGUUUUCCACUGGCCCUCCCCCUUGGGGCACAGAUGUAGGCAGCGAGGUGGACGCCAUUGGGGCAGAGGAUCGAGGCGCAGAGCACCGGGCCAGCAGGACGGCCCAGGGACCCGAGGAUGGCUGUCAGAGGUCGGAGGACGCAGAGCCAACUCCUCCCGAGCUGGAAGAAGAGGAGGAGGAUACAGCACCGGACUCAGUGCUAGACACGUCUCUGGAUAGGUCUUUCUCUGAAGGGGCCAUCACGGAUUCCUCAGGUUCCGGGACUCUCCCUCGGUCCCAGGAGCGGACCAAGAAGGGAUCUGGGAAGCGCAGGAAGAAGCGGCAUCCCAGGAGCCACGAAGCAGAGGUUGAGUCUGAUUCUGGAGAUGAUAAAACAAAAUGGCAUUGUGUGGUCCAGUGAGGUAACAGGCCCAAGACCAUAGCCAAAUAAGGAAGGUUGGGGACAGAGGUUGAUUCAUCAUGCACUCUACUGCAGUGGCUUCCUGGGACUGAGCACACUUUUAGCACAAAGGGAGAAGGGGUGGGAGAGCACAGGGAGAAUUUCUGGGACAGAUACUCAUAUUCCUUCGGAGUUCUGGACUGGGAACUAGAGUCCCUGGAACUCAGUGCCUUACGUCAAUGGGACCCUGCGGUGGCGUCUGCUGAGCUUGCUGAACAGUGACAUCCCGGCUUGGGAUAGAAGGCAGUGGAUAGAGCUUGUUUUGCAUCCACAGGAUGACUCCUGGCCACUUCUUUCCCAUUUGGAUAGCAAUGAGAGAGAAGUGCUCUAACCUCCAUCUUGUUUGGUCCAGUCCCAGACAAGCCUACCCACACCCCCAGACCAAAGCCUUAUCCUUCCCCGUCCCCUCCCUAUAGCUCUUUUUUUAAGUACCUCUGGGGGGAAAAGGCUUUGGGGAUUGAUGGAAUGACUUUUGUUGAUAUUUGAUGGUGAUGAGCUUCCAGUGAGUUUCCCGGUGCAUCGGCAAUGGGGCAGUUAAAAAAAUUUAUCAGUUUCUGAUCUUCCUGGUUAACUAUCCUAGCUUUUAUCCCCUGGCAUGUAUCGCUGUAAAUAGUCAUUCCUUUGGAAUAAAAAUAACACAACGCCUUUGUUUAUAGUGCA